UGUUUAGUAGAUUUCAUCGGCAAGGUCCUUUUCACUAUGGGUAAAGGCAGAGGAAAAGGGAAGAAGCAAUCGGUUAUUGCUAAACGGGAAGAAUAUGGAAAUGAAAAGGACAAAGGUUCUGCUUACAGGCGAAGUGGAAUACAACAAAAGUCACUGAAGGAUGAAAUUGAAGAACCAGAAGAAGUGUCAGGAAACAUAGAAGACGGGGAGAACGUGGAAGUUAAAAAUUCAAGCACUGAGAAUAAGAGAAAAAGGAAAAGGUCUGUACUAGUUAAAGAAAAGAUAGAUCCUGUGAAAGAGGAGAAUCCCAUCAGAGCGAAACGAGAUCCGGAUGAUUCAAAAAAGCCCGUCGGAUUCCGGCAAAAUGGAAGCAGGCGGAAAAACAAGCCUCGCCGGGCAGCUGAAGCUGGUGUAAAUUGCAACUUGCAAAGCGAGAUUUUUGUCUGAUUGUCACGAUAGUAUUAAGUUGCGAGUUUUUUUUUUUGAAGAACUGGAAUUUUUUCAGUCACAGACAAGAUUUCUGUCCUAUGUAAGGCUUGUAAUGAUUGCUUAUCAUAAAUUAUGCUGACUUCUCUUCAUUUGUGUGUGUGUGGGUGUAUUGAUCUCCUUUAGAAUAAAAAGUUGCCUUAGCCGUUAGUUCAGCUUAAAAUUUGU